GUUCCAAAUAGUCUUAUAAACUUUUUUUCCAUUAGACGAAUAAAUUGGACUAUAAUUAUUGGAUAUUAAUUAUUCUGUGCUAUUAUGAGAACAACGGUAUAGAAUCAUAGACAUUAUAAAUUAUAAUGAUGUUUAUGCAUAGAAUAAAAAUAAUAAAUGUUUAUUUAUAAAUCAUGGUCCAUGGAUAUAGAUCCUUUUGAUUCGUGCCCCGUGGUUUACUACUAAAUAGCAGUUAUCAUAACUUAUUUUUUAAAGUUCGAACUUAUUUUUGUAAUAUUGACUAUAAUAUUUAUUAAAUAUAAAUUAAUAAUUGUAAUAGGUAUAUUAUUAUUUUUUGAGACAUUCAUUUUUUGGUGUUUCUUUUGUAUAAUCAUAAAUUAUAAAUUAACAAAGUUCUUAAAUGAAUCAUUGAACUUUAAUUUGACGUAUGCGAUAUAUAUUAUAAGUUAUAACACCAGUAUUAUGAAUACAGAUAUUUGCAAUAUUUAUCGAAAAUUAUGUUUAAAAAACAAAAUAUCUGCUGACCAAUUUAUUGAAUCCUGUCUAUACAAUGCAAGUGUUCAUGGUGAAUUAAAUUUAAAAAGUACUACAAUAACAGAAAAUUCUUGUUCGCUGAUAGUUGAAACGAUAAAAUGUAACCCGACAAUAAGAGUGUUGAAUUUAUCUGAUUGCUUACUACCAGCUAGUGGUUUGAAGAACUUUUUAGAUUUGGCUAGUAAAUUAACAAGCUUAAAGAAAUUAUAUUUAAAAGGAAAUCAAAUUGGAAAUAAGUUAACGCUAUAUAUUUCUAAAAUAUUAUUGAAUAAUACUAAUAUUACAGAACUACAAUUGGAUUGGAAUAACAUUGGUGAUUCAGAAGAUACAUUUUCCCAAUUAUGUCAUAGUUUAAUGUCAAAUACAGUAUUAAAUACUUUAAAUUUGGCAAAUAAUAACCUGUGUCAAACAUGUGGUUUUCAUUUAGCUAAAAUGAUAACCAUAAAUAAAUGCUUAAAGAAUAUUGAUUUAAGUUGGAAUUGUAUAGGUGAAACUGGAGCAGCAUUAUUAUUGGAAUCUUUAAAAAACAAUGAGAUUCUUAUAGAAUUAAGCAUUCAAGGAAAUUCUGUGCCUGUGGAAAUGUGUUCUAUGAUAGCCAAUAAAUUAAAACAAAAUGAAUCAAUUAAUUCCAUUAACCAAAAUGAAGUUCAGAUCAGGAAUUUAAGUCUGCUUGAACACGUAGCAUCGGUUGAUAAAAACUAUCAAACACAAUUGAAAAUUCUUAACAAUCAAUGCCAUAACAGUGUCGAGUAAAAUGCAUAUUUAUUUCAUACUUAAAACUAAAAUCAGCAUAAUUCAUUAUACCAAUGUUAAAUAUUCAUAGUGAAUUACAAUCAAAACUACAACUUUUUCAAUUAGAAAAUCAAGAACUUAAACAGGAAAU